AGUCUCGCGGCAAAACUUGAAACGAACGGUUGGAUAACACGGAAAACGCAAAAACUCGGUGAAAAUGUGAAACAUUUAGAAAAAAUAUACACAUACCCAUAUCUAAAUGCAAACGAGCUCUCGGAAGUUGCAAAGCCGUUGAGUGAUGUCUCAGUGUUAUAAAACAUAUAAAUACAUACAUACCCAGAAAAGCGUCUAAAAGAAAAGCACAAUCAGUGUUUAGAUUUAAUUCUCUUGGUGCAGAAAAGUAGUUGACGCAGCAAAAGAAAAAUGCUCAAAAUUUUUAAAAAUAACGAAAACUUGUUUAAACAAUCGCUUAUAAGCAGAGCCGACAGGCGAUUUAAGAAUUUUACUAAGUUAUCAAAUUUUGGUGGCGUGGGGGGAAUCCCAUGCAGAGCAUAAACUCACAUAGCAUAUUUUAAUAUUUGACUACAUAUAGCCAUGUGACUAAAUAAACGGCAGCAGAAGAAAAAAAACAACAAAAAACAAACAAAAUUCCAAAAAAAUAAAAUUUUAAAAUUGUGAAAUUACGAAAACAGUGCAGAAAAAAAAUAUCAAAAUUGUUCAAAGCAAAAACAAAAACAAAAACAAUAUUAAAAACUUUCGUCAGCAAAAAUUUUCAAUCAAGGAAAAUUCAAUUUUAAAGGUACCCUCAGAUUGCUUCUCACCAAGCGAGUCUGCUACUGAAAAAGGAAAACGCAAGGUGCCUCGCAUUGCAUUUCCGCAUUUGAAGUGGUAGCAACUAGGGCGAAUAAAUCAAAAGCAACAGUAAUAGCAACAUUACAACAAUACAAAAUUGUUUUUCAUGUGUUAAACUCAUUUUACUAAAAAAAAAGGUGCGGAUACCGACCGAUUCUUCUUUUCAAAAUCUGGCAGGAGAAUAAACAUUUAUUAAACGCCAAGUGGAGCAACCGGUAAUAAAAUAUUGAAUAUGCACAUACAUACGCAUAUACGCGAGUUAUUAUGAGCCGUGCCGUUUCGCCGCAGUCAUUACCAUUUCAGAUACGCACAUGCACACACUCAUACACAUAUGCAAAGGAAAAGCAUGAAACAAAUAAAUAAGAACGCAGCAUUGGCUUAAAGAAGUGGAAUAUGUACUGUAUAUAUAUAAGUGUGUGUAUAAAAUAAUCAGCCGCAGCAACAUCUGUUGAAUGCCGAUUUUAUCGAUUGAAAUUGCCGCAACGACAGCAAAAAACACGACGCAGGGCUAUGCAUACACAGAUAAACAACAAAUACAUGCACAUGCAAUUAAAUAGCGAUUUAGAUUUUUUGCCCGACAUUAAUAGAGGAUAUUAAAACUGUGGCAAAUAUACCCUAUAAGGGCAGCUUAACACAAAAGAGCCAACACAAAGUGAUAAGCAAUACUGGUUAUUGCCGAGCAGCAAGCUCCAACGUGGUGGACACGCACUUCACUCGUUCCAGCGCAGCCCGACCAUAGUAGUCUCCGCAGCACGCAAUAUGGCUGUGCCUAUCGAUGAGGGCGUGCUGAGCGCUUUGCGCGGCAUAGCGAGCAAAAAUACACGUCUGCCCAAGCCGUUGCUCAUCAAAGUUUAUGUGUCCAGCUUGAAGGAGGAAUUCUGCCAAGAACGGCGCAUGCUUUUGGAACUAGUGGGACCCGAGCUACAAUCCAUUUAUGAUGACAGACAAAUCGAGAUUGAAAUCGUCGACAUGCACUUCGGCACUGGCCCGUUGCAAAUUAUGCAAACUGAACAAGAUCCAUAUAUACUCCAUGAUUAUCUGCAUGAAAUAGAGACUUGCUACAACAAUUCGAAGAGUGUCUUUUUCCUAGCACUUAUCGGUGAUAGCAUCGGUCCCAUGCCAUUACCGACACACAUCGACGAAGAUAUUUUCACCGACAUACUACAGCAGGCGCAAACGAGCAGUGACGACCGAAAGCUCUUACAAAAAUGGUACGCAAAGGACAACACAGCAGACGCAAAAACUGCAAACAGCAGCGGAGAGGGAGGCGUUGCGCCCACACACGCAUACGUGCUCAAGCAGGACUAUCGUUCAAUGUUACUUGAAAAAUGGCAUCCGGAGUAUUUGCAGCUGCGUGACGCUAUUGAGCGCUCCUUGCGAAGCAUUAAACAGAAUGCAAACAGCAGUAAAACACAGCCGGACGACUUCACCAAGCGUGUGCAAAAACUAAGGGAAACUCAACUGGAAAAGGAAGUGCAAAGAGCACUGGAGCUUUCGAACGACAAAAUUUUGGCUGUGUUUCGUGAAUGGUCUUCGCAAAUGAAUACCAAAAAUGCGGAGGCAGGCGAACGAUUAAGGAAAAUGAAAGAUGAGCUCACUAUGAAUCUGUCCUCCGAUAAUUAUACCACAUUAGUUGUCGCUGGCAAAUCGAAUGAGGGCACAAUCGAUCCUGACAAUGAGGAUCAUGAAACAUAUUUGAGCAAAUUUAAAAACAAAGUAUUUGACAAACUACGCUUUCUCAUCGAAGAGCAUAUAACAAACGAUCCUGAUGUCAUCAAGGGAAGAAGAAAGACUGUGCAGGAAAUUUUCCACGAACAUGCCACACACUUACGCAUCCUCCGCGAACAUCACGAUACCGCAGCACUCGCCUCAAGCCGCGUGCCCGGCCGUCUGCGUCAGAAUCUUCUGGCCAAUUUUCGCAAUGGCAGUCGCCAUGCGCCCUACUUCAUCUACGGACCACACGGCAGUGGUAAGAGCGCGCUCAUGGUCAACUUGUACCAGCAGUGCCGAGACUGGUUCAAUUCAACGCGUGUUUAUCGCGUUAUGCGCUUCGCUGCCGCUUCACCACGUUCCGCUUACAAUCUGGAAUUGCUGCGCGUUAUUUGCCAACAAAUCUCCAUUAUUUAUGAUAUACCAGAGGGUUAUCUGCCCAAGGAUGCCUCCUUCGAUCCGGUGUAUAUUAACAGCUGGUUCCAAAAUUUGCUGCGUCGCAUUGAGGAUAUGAAUAAUGACAUAUUUUUCAUAUUCAUCGAUGACUUGCAUUUAUUGAAUCCACUCGAUUGUGACGUGGUCGCGGCAUUAUCCUGGUUGCCGACGUCUUUGCCGUGGAAUGUGCAGCUUAUUUGCUCCACAACUACGCCCAUCGAUCAAUUACGCUUCACACCUAUACAACGUGAUCGCUUCAAGUCCGCGGAGUUUCUUUUCGAUUUGUCAACGGAGGAGAAUCGCACCGAGUUGCAUAAGCCUCUGGCACUUGCGGCCGGUUUGGGGGAUAUUUCAUUUACAGAUUUCGUGGCGCACGAAUUCGAUCGUUUAGAGGCAUGUUAUGGCAGAAAAUGCUUGGCACGCUUGGCCGGCUAUAUCACAUGCUCGGAGUUUGGCUUAUCAGAAACAGAGUUGUUGGAGCUGUUGAUGCCUACUGAGGAUCCGGAAAUGUUCGUGGAUACGGAACGCGGCAAUUUCAACUUUUCCACAUUCAAGCAGAUACAUAAUGAUAUGAAAUUUCUACUGCGCGAUAAAAUAAUGUCUGGUAAAGUGUUGCUGCAGUGGCGCCACAGUUACUGCGCCGAGCUCUCGAGAAAGCGCUAUAUGGACGCCCAGAGCACACGUGCCAUGCACAUAGCCAUUGCCAAUAUAUUCUUUCAGCAGGAGAAUGAGGAGAACGACGCCAGCACAAGUGAGAAUGCCUCAGGUGAAAGUGACAAACACUCAGUUAUCAGUCAAAAGGAGAAGGAGAGCAUAUCGGCAUCCGAACGCAAAUCAUCAUCACAUCACAAUGAUGACACAUCCACCUUUUAUAAUCCCAUCGCCGCCGAUGUCUCGUACAGUAUGCGUCAUGUGGAGGAGAGUUGGCAUCAUUUAAUGCGCUCCGACGACAUUGCGAAAUUUAAACAAAUUGCUGUUUGUAAUUUCGACUUUCUUUUGGCAGCGGUUCAAACCGUCUCCAUCAGCUAUCUGCGUUGCCUCAUCGAGCAUGUGCGCUGCUAUCUGCUGGAUCGCGAUAUCGAGCUCAUCUAUUAUACAAUACGCAAGUCGAGCGACGUGCUCACACGUGAUCCGAUGCAGCUUGGCUCACAGCUCAUCUCCUGGCUGCGGCCAAUCAGCGAGCAUGACGAGAACGACAACUCCCUGCUGAGCAUAACGGUACGCUCGGCGACCGCCUGGUGCGACGGCUACACCGUACCACUACUGGUGCCACUAACCGGUUGGCUGCCGGCCACUUUGCCCUCACAGAUACGCGUGAUGACAGUGACCGGCACCGGACAGGUGCGUGACGUCUGCGUCUCGCCCACCAAGCAACAUCUCAUAUUGGCAACCAAAUCGGGCGACGUGCAACUGUGGCACAUAAUGAGCAACUCGUUGGAGCACAUUUUUAAAGGUCACACCGCCGCAGUCACGUGUCUGCUAGUUGCCCAACAAUCCGAUAUCCUGCUGACUGGCUCCGAGGACAACACGGUGCUCGUGUGGAACGUGACGACGCGUGCGCUGAAGACCCAUAUUAAAUCUCAUGGUGGCAUUGUGACGUGUGUCGCAGCUGGCGUCAAUAACACUUUGGCCAUUAGUGGCAGUGAGGACUCGACGAUUGCAAUUUCAGAUAUACACAGCGGCAAACUGCUGCACAAAAUCACACAUCAUCGCGCUGCUGUGACGAGCGUUAAGGUAAGCAAUGCCUGCGAUGUGUUGAUUUCAUCAAGUCGCGAUAAAACAAUUUGCUUAUGGUCCUUGGAUGAUUAUACGUUGCUGAACAGCAUGCAGAUGUGCAGUCCAGUACGACGAAUUGACAUCUCAUGUGACUCGGUCUUUCUGUUGGCGCACUGUGAAGAUAAUGUCCUGUAUUUGCGCACAUUGGCCACUGGCAAGGAGCUGCAUGCCCUAAAAGGUCACAAGUCACAGCUCCAUGCCAUUGCCAUCGCUAAGGACAGUCAACGCGCUGUCGUUGGUGGCGAGGACACACGCGCACUCAUUUAUGAUAUGCACUCCGGUCGCCUCAUACGCUCAAUGCCACCCAAUCCCGGUUCGAUUUCAGCCCUAUAUAUAAUGGAUAACGAUGAUUUUCUAAUCACAGUCGGCGGUAAUAAAAUCACUUUCUAUUCAUUCCGCAACGAAGAACUCUACGUACACCCAUACUCGCAUAAUCAGCGCAGAAAACGUUCAUUGAAACGUGCCCAACAAUCGCAGCGUUCACCAUCGACCACGCUGCCGCCGAUUACAUGUUUCGAUAUAUCACGUGAUUCACAAUUAGCCGCCAUCGCUUCUAGUCGCAGCGUACACAUUUUAAAGAUCAACACACCCGAGUAUCAAAUGACACUGGAUGGGCACGCAGCACCGGUGACAUGUUUAAUCUUUGCGCCAAACGGUGAGUACUUGGCAACAGGUGCCGACGAUCGCACGGUGAAUGUUUGGAAUUUGGCCUUGGGUGAGGUAACCAAUUCCUUUAAGGGUCACAAUGCAUCGGUUUGUUGCGUCGUAGUGCUCAUGGACUCACGCCGUAUCAUUUCAACCGAUCGCGAUUCCAUGAUGUAUGUGUGGUUGGCCGAAGGCGGCAACUUAUUACAAACCAUACAGGGACCAUACAAGUUUUUGGCUGCCACAAAUAAUAUGAAGUUCGCAGUCUCUACAAAUGGUGACAAUACAUUGAAGAUCUGGUCACUAACGCGUGAAGAUGAAAAGUACACCGUGUCACAUUCGGACGAGAUCACUUGCUUCACGAUCACCGCCGACAGUUUGUAUAUAAUAACCGGCUCGCGUGAUAUGUCCUUAAAGGUAUGGCAAGCGACAGGCGGCAAGCUGGCACAAGUGCUCGUCGGGCACACCGAUGCAGUAAAUUGUGUUGCAGUGUCAGUGACCAACAAGACACAGGUCAUAUCCGGUUCAAAGGAUACCAAUCUCAUCAUUUGGGAUCUGCAUACAGGCGAGGAGCUGCAUACGCUGGCCGGACAUUUAGCACCGGUGCUGGGCGUCAGGGUGUCGGCAGAUGGUUCAACGGCCAUUUCGGGCAGUGACGAUAAGACACUAAUUGUCUGGGAGACUAAACGCGGCUUGGCGCUCACUUCGCUACAAAUGCAUGUGCCCUUCCAACGUUUCGACAUCAGUCUGGAAUGUUCGCGUAUUUUAGUGCAACUAAUGGAGAGUUUCAAUUUACCCGUUAUUUGUCUACACAACACACCAGCACAAUACGUUAAAUUGCCCACCUACUCAGCUCCGGCAAUGGAUGCGGAAGACUUACGCCCACAAGGUCCCAAGCGUCAAAUGAAGCGUUUACUCAAGAAAGAGGUAUCCCUGGACACAUAUACGUGGCAGAAGAAAUACGGCCAUCUGACGUCAUCGGUUAUGAUGGCACAAGUAGAUGAACGCCUGAAGCGACGCUUCUCUGUCUCCGCCAGCAUGGAGGAAAUUUCAAAAAUAGCCGAAAUGAAAACAAUCACUUCACAAACCAAUCUAGGUCCAGAGCAGGCCGCUUUGGCGCAAUCGCAGCACUUCGAUCAACUGGAAGCAUUAUGGAACAAACGGUCGCCACCGAGACGGAGACACAAUGCGGGUCUCUCACGGCAAACAUCGCUCGUCGAGGAUCGCCUCGAGUCAUCCGAUGACGAUGAGUAUCACGACGAACGUACAGUGCAUUCGAAAACCAGCUCGCGUAAUUCCCUGCAGCAACCCAUUACCUAAGGAGCACCUAAGUCCAACAACAUAACCCAAAAGCAAGCAUAUUGAAACACCCGUCAACUAGACUCACAUUCUCACUAGACAUCUAAGCUAUACAUAACUAUGUAUUUGUUGUAAUAUGAGUGUUGUAAACAAACAAUGUGCUCUGAAAUCCUACACUGAGCGUCGACAGAAACAUCCUGCGCCUGUGUCCUUGACUUAACUAAUCGUGUACACACAAGUCAAUAUGAUUUUAUUGCCUGAAUUUUUUAGAUGAUUUCGAUGACUAUAUUCGGGCGACGCUUCAGUAAUUACCUAAUUUCCAUACAUUCGUAAAAUCAAAAGUAAAUAACACAAUGAAAUCAACGUUUUCGGAAACUUACCUCAAAAACUGCUGAAAACUUAGACCAAAGUAUGAUUUUUGUAGUUUUAAGCACACAAAUAAUUUUAAAAAAAAUAAUAAUAAUAAUAACAGCAAUAAACAAGUAUAUUACGGGUAACUAACCGUUACACACACAGGGUGCACAUAAAUGAAUUUCAAUUAAAACUAUGUCAAAUUAACACACACACACACACAUGCAAGUGAGUGGAGAGUUUCGAAAAAAAGGUAUUGCUGUUACGCACAUAAACCGUUAAUUUUUUUAAGAAAACCAAACUGUAAGCUAAGAAAAUGAUUUUAAUGAGGAGAGGUUAUAUCCACUAGCAAUUACUAUCAAAAAUCUUGUUUCUUUGAUUAUCACCUGACAAAUAUAUCUAGCAAUAGAAAUUAUAUGAGGUUUGCACUGCGACCUAGGGUCUAUUGUGGCCACAAACAUAUCUAAGAAUGUAAUGUGAAAAUUCAAGUUCGGUCCAGCCAUUUCGAAGAAAUUUUCCUCACUGAUUCUGAAAACAGUAUUUAAGAAAGAGUUUAGAGUUUUGGCCGCCGAUUACAAUAAUUUAAAAAAUUCUCCAAUAUUGGCUUACAUCUCCGAAACUAUUAGCCGGAUUAACAUAUUCUCAAAUAUUUAUACAUUCGAUGUUUAUGCAAAAAUAAAAAAUCGGUUUUCACAAGUGGAUAUAACCUCUUAAUUUAACAAAAAUUUCAAUAGCAAUAAGAAAAUGCACUAGGCACACAACAAAAACGUCAUCAACUUAUAGCACACACAACAAAGAGAAAAAUAGAUUAUUUAAUACAACAACAACUGCAAUGCCAACGCAACUUUAACGGAUUCACAAUGCAUAUCAUUUCGCUGCAGGAGGAGGAGGAUACCGUUAGCAAUAUUGAUUAGCAAUUACCAGGAUCUGCGAAAUAACCAAGCAAGGAGAUUUAGAAGCAAACGCAUAAAAUUGACAUACAAUUUCUCAGCUACAAAGAAUGAGGGAAAUUGGACUAGUGUGCAAAAAACCAACAACAACAAAAACUAUAAGAAAAAAAUAUACGGUACAUGUGUAAAAGGUUGUGUAAACGUUAAUUCCAAGCAUACUUGAAGAGUAUUAUUAAAAAAGAAAUAACAAAAAUGACAAGCAAUAGGCUUCUAUGUAACUCUGUUGUGAAAUUUCUAGUUUUUUGUCGUCUCAGUUGCAGAAAAUAAGAGGUGUAAGGUGUUAAAGAUUAUUUGUAAGAAAAAAAUAAACACAAUUACUAUAAA